AUGCGACUCUGGGAAUUGGUCUACAGCAAACCCGAUGGCCAUUGUUCACGAGCUCUUUGUUUGUUCUUAGAAUACGAAACCAAAAUACAGUCUCUGCCUAUCUCCAACUCUGAUGCACUGUCUGAACUACCUUUCGAGAAUGGAAUAAACCACCAGUCUUGGAACAUGACUACCAUGCAGCAUGCCACCACCGGCAACCUCAACGGAAACCGACCGCCUUCACCAUCGGGUCAAGUCGAGAACUUGGAACCGGUUAUACUGGGAACGGGCGCGGCGUUGAUGCCCAUCACUGUCGCCAUCGCGAUGGUCCGGAUUGCAACCGGGCGGGCAGUUUCAAAACUGCAUGUUGACGAUUUCGCCCGGCUAGGUGUAGCCCGUCACGCCUGGGACAUCCCACUUACCAGCAUCAACCCUCAAGUCUACCAAGUCUGGGCUGCGCACACUGUUUUGGGUAUCAUCUCCUUUUUCAACACCAAGGCCCUCAUCCUGACGUUUUAUCUCCGGCUUUUUGGGACUGUGCGCUGGGUGAGGUGGAUGUGUUACUCUCUUUUGAGCCUGUCGGUGGUUAUAUACGGUAUGAUUGGGCUCUGGUACGUCGCUGGUUGCGCACCCAAGAACUCGAAGCUGCCUGUGUGUGAUGAGACAGGGCCGUUGAUACUAGCGGGAGGGGUGUUCACUGUGGUGGCGGAUGUGAUGUUGUUUGGGAUGCCGUUUCCGGUUAUCAGGGGGUUGAGGCUUGGGAGGGAUAAGAAGAGGGGGUUGGUGGUGUUGUUUGGGUUUGCGAUUCUGUGAGUGCCGUCCUUGGGGGAAAUUGGGAACUUUACCUAUGUGCUGAUGAGAUAUUUGAUGGCAGGAUUAUUGCCACAAGCACAGUCAGUCUGGCGUAUCGGAUAUCGAUUGUCGUGAAUGGGACUGAGGACCCUUCUUGGGAUGGGGCUGAGGUGGCUGUUACUGCAUAUGUGGAAAUAUUCGGCACUGUGAUUGUCGCCUCUGCACCGGCUUUGUACACGUUUUGGACUCGCAUCUUUACAGAAACAAGACUCUACGCGACAUUGAGAUCUGGCUUUUGGUUCAACCAGAGAACAGAACCUGACAUCAGACUGGGUCAAUGGAAGACUUGGCCAGCCGCGCAUGGCGUGGCGGCAGUGCCUGUGAGAGCCGAGGUUGUGGGGACAGAGAGCAGUCAAGACUUGAUCCAGGAGCAUGGCGGGAAUGGUGGGAUACUGAAGACUGUGACUGUGACGCGUGAGGUUGUGGGUGAUCAGGGAGGACGUGGGGGACUUGGCUAGGUAAAGAAAAAGGGGGGAGAUCUGGGGAAGAAUAGGUAAGGUACCUUAGGAAUGGGUGUGUGUUAAAGAGGCCAAGCUAUUCCAUGGGGGAUAGAUGUAUCCAAGAAUCACGCUCAAG